AUGCUGUACAAAAUUUUAUCUUUAAUGGAAGAAGUCACGUCUAAUUUGAACAUGGAAGAAUUUAAAAAGGACCAUCAAAUCUUUUCAAGUUUCACAGAAACUGCAUUUCAUAAGAACGUUACUCAAGGAAAAGUUGAAGGUUCUGUUAAGGCUAUUAAAAUAGCUUUGCAGAAGUUAAAUGAAGGAUGUAGUAUUGAGGAAGCAAAAGCUAUUUGUGGUCCAGAAAUUGUUCGUCAGCUUUUUACUUGGAAGAAGCAGCUCAAGGUCUAUCUUGCACCUUUUCUUCAUGGCAUGCGAUAUACUUCAUUUGGUCGUCAUUUCACUAAAAUAGACGAGUUGAAAGAGUUUUCUCGUCAUUACCCUCUGGACCAAAAGGAUUUGGUGCCGGCCAUACGACCAGUUGAUUUUGGUGUACCUAAUCCAUUGAAGGUUGACGUUGAAUGCUCUGCCCGGGAUUAUACUCCUCCUCAAUAUCUAACUCUGCUUUUCACAGAUUUAGGUGUUCUUACUCCAUCCGUUGAAUCCCCUCAGGCUGCUAGAGCAAAGGUAUUGGCCAGUGGAAAUGCUACUGAAAGGAGGUUUAGGGUCAAGAUAUAUUCAUCAUAAAUCACACCAAAAGAAGAAGAAAAAAAUCGAAGGGGGAAAAAGAAAUUAGAUAUACCUGAGUUGGAGGAGAAGUUUGAGAAGGAAGAUAGAGAGGACAGUGAGAGAGAUGGUUUGGAGAAGUGCUUGAAUGCUUGAUGAGAUGCCAUAGAUUUGGAGUAGCUCUUGAAUGCUUGAUGAAAUGUCAUAGGUUUGGAGUAAAAGGAAUGGGAUUGGUGGAUGGAGAAGUUUGAGAAGGAAGAUAAAGAGAGAGUGAGAGAGAUGGUUUGGGGUAGUGCUUGAUUGCUUGAUGAAAUUGAAAUGCCAUAGAUUUGGAGCACCUCUUGAUUGCAUUAAGUGCCAUUGAUUUGAUUUGGAGAGAAAGAGAGCUCUGCAAUAACUAGGUCAAGCUUUUUCAAAGAUCAAUGAAUAUGAUCUAUUAGUUUUUUGGUCCUCCUAUUUUGUAUUUUUUUUUACUUUUGGUGCCUCACCCCAUUUUGAAGUCAAUUUUAAUGACAUAACAAAGGUAAUAUAUAGUAUAUGCGUUGAAACUUAUAUGUAGUAUAAGUAUCUUAUGUGUAUAUGGUUUAUUCUUUUUAUUUUUUGAAACAGUGUAUAUGAUUUAACAUAUUAGUAAGUGUUAAUUUUUUAUAGGAUUAUUGAUGGUUUGUUAAAUUAU